GAUCGUGCCAGUCGAGAUCGUUCGUAUCGCGGUGACGGUAUUGUUUCGCGCGAGUCGGACGCAAUAAGGGUCGACGGACGAGGGGCGAGCCGAAGCACGUGGUGGACGGUCGCUCGUCGAGAAGUCGUCGUGGACAGAGAGGCAUCUUUGCGCCACCGGUGCGGCGCGCGACGAGCCGAGCCGAGCCCGAGCCCGAAAGCGACGAGCAAAAAGUCGGAUGAGUAGAAACUGGUAGCGUUGCCACGGCGAAGCUACCUGCCGAGAAGACGACCGCGCGAAGACGCUCGCGCGUCGCUUAUUAUUGAUCUUCAACGCAGGAGCGUCUUCCAUCACGAGAUGAUGCCCGUAUCGCAGCCAGUGCGUGCAAAGAGUUUGUUACGCGCAAACUUAGAAAAUUCACGCGGCAGAGCACUGCAGAGCAGAAUGCCGAACAUCAAGGUCUUCAGUGGCACCUCGCACCCGGACUUGGCGCAACGGAUCGUGGACCGGCUUGGCAUCGACAUCGGCAAGGUUGUCACGAAGAAAUUCAGCAACCUCGAGACAUGCGUGGAAAUAGGAGAAUCUGUCCGUGGAGAGGAUGUAUACAUCGUGCAAAGUGGAAGCGGUGAAGUGAAUGAUAAUCUGAUGGAACUCCUGAUCAUGAUCAACGCUUGCAAAAUUGCCUCAGCAUCUCGAGUAACGGCAGUUAUUCCUUGUUUUCCCUAUGCAAGGCAGGAUAAAAAAGAUAAGGGCGGUGAUGGUGGGGACAAGUCAGACUCCACUAAAAAUCAGAUUGUCAUGAAGUCGAACGAGUGGAAAUUCAGGAGUCGUGCGCCGAUUUCUGCAAAAUUAGUGGCAAAUAUGCUCUCCGUGGCGGGUGCUGACCAUAUUAUUACGAUGGAUCUGCAUGCUAGUCAGAUACAAGGGUUCUUCGACAUCCCAGUGGACAAUUUAUUCGCCGAGCCAGCUGUCCUUAAAUGGAUUAAGGAGAAUAUCGUUGAAUGGCGGAACAGUAUUAUCGUUUCUCCUGACGCAGGUGGUGCUAAGAGAGUCACAUCUAUCGCUGAUCGAUUAAAUGUUGAGUUCGCGCUCAUACAUAAAGAAAGGAAGAAAGCGAACGAAGUCGCUAGUAUGGUACUAGUCGGAGACGUUAAAGACAGAGUUGCCAUCCUUGUAGACGACAUGGCCGAUACCUGCGGUACUAUCUGUCAUGCAGCAGAAAAAUUACUGGAGGCUGGUGCAACAAAAGUUUAUGCCAUACUUACGCAUGGUAUAUUCAGCGGCCCGGCAAUCAGUAGGAUCAAUAAUGCCUGUUUUGAGGCUGUAGUAGUGACUAAUACUAUUCCUCAAGAUGGUCAUAUGAAAGAUUGUCCAAAGAUUCAGUGUAUUGAUGUCUCCAUGAUGUUUGCUGAGGCUGUGAGGCGGACUCAUAACGGUGAAUCUGUAUCGUACCUGUUUUCGAAUGUACCCUAUUAGAAAAAAUCUUCCGUAAUCUAUUUUAAACUAUGUAAGAAGAAUAUACUCUUUUUACAUUUGUUUAUUGUUAUUAUUGAUAGUUGGAAACUAUUUCGUGUAUCUGCGCUCAAACAGGUACAUUAUAUGUAUCUUUAUUCCAAAUUCAGACUUACAUUUCUUAUUUUUCCAUGAACUUUCGCAGCAAUAUGGAAAUAAUCGGAAUUAUGAUGAAUUUUUCAACGAAUAGAAAAUAUAUAUUUUUCUUUUUUUUUUUUCCCUUUUCUUUUGAAAUUGAGUAGUACAAGCAUUCUUUAUUUUUCUGCAAAUGGUAGAAAAGAAUGCAUAAUAUACGUUUUAACCCUUUGCGGUCGAGUGUCGGUAUAUAGCCGCCCAAUUGAGUUUACAGCUGCGGAGACGUAUUAUGAAGCGGCUCGCGUACGUCUAUCUUUCUGAA